AUGGUCAAGGAGCACUAUCUCGACGGCAAGAUUAUCGAUCCGAAGCGCGCCAUUCCACGUGAAGAGCAGGAGCGAACCGCUAAGAUCUUCGUCGGUGGUGUGAGCCAGGACGCGACCGAGCGGGAUUUCCGGGAAUUCUUCCAGCAGUUUGGCCGGGUCAUCGACGCCACGCUCAUGAUGGACAAGGACACUGGCCGUCCCCGCGGCUUUGGCUUCGUCACCUUCGACGGCGCUGCCGCAGUCGACGCUUGCCUCUCUGGACCCUUAGAGAUUCUUGGGAAACCCAUUGAAGUGAAGCCCGCGCAGCCACGAGGCAACAUGCGCGAUGGUGAAGACGACAAGGGCGGCAAGUAUGGCCGUGGCAGGAACGACCGCUUCCAACGGGGCCACGAGAAUCAGGACAACUACUCCAAUCAGCAGAGCCAAAACCAAAACCAAAAUCAGAAUCAGCAAGCCGCGAAUGGUGCGACAAACGGCAUGAGUCCCGCGAUGAUGGCUCAGUACUGGCAGCGAAUGCAGCAGUACUUCCAGAUGAUGCAGCAAAAUAUGCAAGCCCAGAUGGGGCAAGGGCAAGGAAUGGGUCCCAAUCCGAUGGCCAUGCAAGCCCAGAUGAAUCCGGCCAUGAUGCAGCAAAUGAUGGCCAUGCAGCAGAUGAACAGGCCUGGCGGAAGUCCGCAUCCCCAGUCACCUGGCGCUGGGCCCAUGCCAGGCAUGCCUUCGAACGGCCAGAUGAACCCAGCGAUGAUGCAACAGAUGCAGCAAAUACAACAAAUGCAGAUGCAGCAGCAGGCCUCCCAAGGCGCCGGCGCCGGCCCCGGAACCUUCUCCCCAGGACCCGGCAUGAUGGCUGGUCAGGCCGCCGGUCCGAACCGUCCAGGCUUUAACGCACAAGAGCAACUCAUGUUCGAGCAGCAGAAGUACGAGCAGCAGCAGGCGCGCCGCGUACAGCAGCAACAGUUUGCCCAGCAUCAUCAGUACAACACCGGCGGACCCACGUCCUGGGAGGGCAUGUACGACGACGUGCCGCAGCCGAACCUGCCGCCGCAGGGCCCUGGUGCACGUGGCGGUAUGCAGGGAAACUUUGGCGGCCAUGUACGCCAGAUGAGUCCUGCGCAGUCUGGAAGAGGGGGGAUGCAGCAUCGUGGUUCUCAGGGCUCUACGCCGCCCGUGCAGCCGAGCAACGCGCCUGCGAAUGCGCCAACUGGCCCGAAGAAUGCGGGAAAGCCUGGCGCGAAUUACCGUGGCGGUGGGAGGGCUGGACAUCGAGGCUUCCAUCCGUAUGCCAGGAAUGGUUGA